AUGACCCUCCUAGAGUUGAUUUCUGGCGUAGCUGGGGAAGAGGAUCUGUGCAUGCUGGUGUGUGUCUGCUGCUUGUACGAGUGGCGUCGGUAUCACGAGCUACAUGCCCCGACCACGCUUGAAGGCGUGUUCCCGAACCUCAACUUCUUCGAAGCUAUCGGGGGCUUUGACUUCAAGGAGGUAUUUCGCUUCGAGAAACCGCAUUUAUUUCUUGCAGCUUCUACGAAGGCUGGAGCUUCCGGACAGCUUCGAAGUUUCGAGUUGAGCAUGUGGCACGAAGAGUCGCAACACAGCACAAAUGGUCGCCAUGUCCUUAGGGAAGGGCGGGGUUAG